AUGACUACAAGUACAACUGUUAUUCUAAUUAGCCUGGCAUUGAUGGUUACAGCCGAGCCAGUGCGUCAACGAUUUACGCCUCGGCGUGGACUAGCGCGUCAGGAGGAAGCACCCAUAGCGCCAAGUCCUGCACCAACGGGCUAUCCUGCAGCGGGUAUUACACCAGAAAUACCGUUCGAUCUUCCCAGCUCGACUGACAAGCCAGAAGCGACGUAUUUGCCGCCAGAUAAUACCUAUGGACCUCCCGAAGUUGUCUACGGGCCACCGCAAAGUGUUGGCGAAGUGGCACCAGAGAUUACGCCAGAACAACCUCUCCAAGAAGAUGAUGUGCCACCGACGGUAGAAGAAGAGGAGGAAUCACUUGGUGAUUCCAAACAGAAGCCGGAUAACGACGAGGAUGUGCCACUGGCACUCAGUGAUGAUGGGACAGUAAUAGCCGUUUCCACGACACUUGAUCAGCCACAAAACUUGGCCAGACUCUACCAACGUUUUCCACAGGCUCGCAAACGCGGCCAGCUACCAGUGCCCGAGCGUUUGAUAUUAAUGAGGGGAUCACGAUAUAGUCUCAGACGGCAGUAA